AUGGGGAAACAGAACAGCAAGCUACGGCCAGAGAUGCUUCAGGACCUGAGAGAGAACACUGAGUUCUCUGACCAUGAACUACAGGAGUGGUACAAGGUCACUACAUAGUACACAAGCACACACACACACACACACACACGCACACACACACACACGCACACACACACACGCACACACACACACGCACACACACACACGCACACACACACACACAAAAACACAUACACACAGGCACACACACACAAAAACACAGGCACACAGAUAAGAUAGCGCCGUACUGAUGGCAGCCGUUUUGCAAGCUCCGACCCAACUGUGCUAUUUUGUCAUUAUUUUGUUGUUUAUUUUAACUUCAUUUUCUCCAUUUCUUACAACCGACAAGAACGUUUGAACGUGCUACAGGACUGCUUUGCUAACGCUGACUGGAAUAUAUGUUUUGGGACUCUGCAGAUAACGUCGACAAGCUAAUCACCUCUGUCACCGGCUUCAUUAGGAAAUGCAUCCCCACAGUUAAGGUUCGCUGCUUCCCCAAUCAAAAAGCCCUGGGUUAACACUGAGGUUGGCGCUAAACUAAAGGACAGAGCUACCACACACAGGGCUAUCCCAGACAACCCUGGGGCUACGUCUGAGGACAGGAACAAGUACAAGAUGUCCCACUAUGAUCUUGCUCUCUGAGGCCAACGUGAGUAAAGUCUUUAAUCAGGUCAACACCCGCAAGGCCACAGGGCCCGAUGGUAUUCCAGGGCGCAUUCUCAGAGCAUGUGCAGAACAGAUGGUAGGCAUAUUCACAGUCAUUUUCAACCUCUCCUUGUCCCAGUCUGUAAUCAUCCACAUGUUUUAAGAUGACCGCCAUCAUUCCUGUUCCCAAGAACUCUAAGGCUUCAUGCCACAACGACUACCGCCCUGUAGCACUCACUUCUGUAAUCAUGAAGUGCUUUGAUAGGCUGGUUGUGGCACACAUUAACUCCACCAUCCCAGCCACCCUAGACCCACUCCAAUGUGCGUACCGCCUCAACAGAUCCAUAGACAACGCAAUCUCAAUUGCACUCCACACUGCCCUAACCCACCUAGAUAAGAGGAAUACCUAUGUGAGAAUGCUGUUCAUUGACUACAGCUCAGCAUUUAACACGAUUAUCGUCAUCAAGCUUAGGACUCUGGUUCUGAACACCUCCCUCUGCAACUGGAUCCUGGACUUCCUGACGGGCCAACCCCAGGUGGUGAGGGUAGGCAACAUUUACAUUUAAGUCAUUUAGCAGACGCUCUUAUCCAGAGCGACUUACAAACAUCACCUCCAACCAUGCUGACCCUCAACAUGGGGGCCCCACAAGGGUGUGUGCUUAGUCCCCUCCUGUACUCCCUGUUCACCCACGACUGCGUGGCCACGCACGACUCCAACACCAUCAUCAAGGUUGCUGAUGACAAGACGGUGGUAGGCCUGAUCACCGGUGACGAUGAGACAGCCUACAGGGAUGAGGUCAGUGACCUGGCAUUGUGGGGCCGGAAACAACAACCUCUCCCUCAACGUCAUUAAGACCAAGGAGCUGAUAGUGGACUGCAGGAAACAGGGGGGCGAGCACGCCCCCAUCCACAUCGACGUGGCUGUAGUGGAGCGGGUCGAGAGCUUCACGUUCCUCUGUGUCCACAUCACUAAGAACUUAAAAUUGUCCACAGACACGUGCACAGUCGUGAAAAGGUUUGGCAUGGGCCCUCAAAUCCUCAUAAAGUUCUACAGCUGCACCAUUGAGAGCCUCUUGGCUGGCUGCAUCACUGCUUGGUAUGGCAACAGCACCACCCUCCAUCGCAUGGUGCUACAGAGGGUAGUGCGUACAGCUCAGUACAUCACUGGGGCCAAGCUCCCUGCCAUCCAGGACCUCUAUACCAAGCGGUGUGAAAGGAAGGCACAGAAAAUUGUUAAAGGCUCCAACCACCCAAGCCAUAGACUGUUCUCUCUGCUUCCGCAUGGCAAACUGUACCGGUACAUCAAGUCUGACACCAACAGGCUCCUGAACAGCUUCCAUCCCCAUGCCAUAAGACUGCUAAAUAGCUAACUAAAUGGCUAACAAAAUGGCUAACUAAAUAGCUAACAAAAUGGCUAACAAAAUAGCUAACUAAAUAGCUAACAAAAUGGCUAACAAGAUGGCUAACUAAAUAGCUAACAAAAUGGCUAACAAAAUGGCUAACAAAAUGGCUAACUAAAUAGCUAACAAAAUGGCUAACAAAAUGGCUAACUAAAUAGCUAACAAAAUGGCUAACUAAAUGGCUACACUAUCUGAGUGGACCCUUGUACUUUAUUCUUAUUUUUACACUGUCUCUAUGCAAAUCACUCACAGGACCCUACAAACUCACACACACACUCACUCCAUCAUCUGAUCACUCACACAUAAUAUGCACAUACAUUUCUACUCACUCUACACACACGCACUCCCACUCACAUACAAGCUGCUGCUACCCUGUUUAUCAAAUAUCCUGUUGCCUAGUCACCUUACCCCUAUACAUAUCUACCUCCAUCACUCCAGUAUCCCUGCACAUUGUUAAUAUGGUACUGGAACUGACCCUGUAUAUAGUCACCUUACCCCUAUACAUAUCUACCUCCAUCACUCCAGUAUCCCUGCACAUUGUUAAUAUGGUACUGGAACUGACCCUGUAUAUAGUCACCUUACCCCUAUACAUAUCUACCUCCAUCACUCCAGUAUCCCUGCACAUUGUUAAUAUGGUACUGGAACUGACCCUGUAUAUAGUCACCUUACCCCUAUACAUAUCUACCUCCAUCACUCCAGUAUCCCUGCACAUUGUUAAUAUGAUACUGGAACUGACCCUGUAUAUAGUCACCUGACCCCUAUACAUAUCUACCUCCAUCACUCCAGUAUCCCUGCACAUUGUUAAUAUGGUACUGGAACUGACCCUGUAUAUAGUCACCUUACCCCUAUACAUAUCUACCUCCAUCACUCCAGUAUCCCUGCACAUUGUUAAUAUGGUACUGGAACUGACCCUGUAUAUAGUCACCUUACCCCUAUACAUAUCUACCUCCAUCACUCCAGUAUCCCUGCACAUUGUUAAUAUGGUACUGGAACUGACCCUGUAUAUAGUCACCUUACCCCUAUACAUAUCUACCUCCAUCACUCCAGUAUCCCUGCACAUUGUUAAUAUGGUACUGGAACUGACCCUGUAUAUAGUCACCUUACCCCUAUACAUAUCUACCUCCAUCACUCCAGUAUCCCUGCACAUUGUUAAUAUGAUACUGGAACUGACCCUGUAUAUAGUCACCUGACCCCUAUACAUAUCUACCUCCAUCACUCCAGUAUCCCUGCACAUUGUUAAUAUGGUACUGGAACUGACCCUGUAUAUAGUCACCUUACCCCUAUACAUAUCUACCUCCAUCACUCCAGUAUCCCUGCACAUUGUUAAUAUGGUACUGGAACUGACCCUGUAUAUAGUCACCUUAACCCUAUACAUAUCUACCUCCAUCACUCCAGUAUCCCUGAACAUUGUUAAUAUGAUACUGGAACUUUCUUAUUUUUAUAUUUAAUAUGUGUUUUUGUUCUACCUUGUUAUUUUUAGUAUUACAUUGAUAUUGUUCACUGCAUUGUUGGGGUUAGAACUUGCAAGAAAGGCAUUUCACUCUACUUGUGCAUGUGACCCAAAAAAAUUAACUUGAAGCAAACACACACACAUACACACCCACACACACGCACGCACGCACGCACGCACACGCACACACACACACACACACACACACACACACACACACUGUAGAUGGAUCACACACUGUUUUGAUCAUAGAGAUCCUAUAUGUGUAAUUAUCCUGAUACAAGACUCUUCUGUUCCACAGGUUUUCAUCAUAUUACUUAUUAAGCCUUUAAUGACCAAGCAAACUACUUAGCACUACCGAUAGGCUACAUAGUUUAAUACCAGGAAAGGCAGGCAGUAUGACAUAACGUCCCACCUCAGAGACCCGCUGGCGUCUAUAAUGUAAUGUAAUCACCUCUUUAAAUGACAUCUUGUGUCUACAUGAUAUUUAACCUCUCUCCCCCAGCCUCUUAUGGCAGAUAAAUUAAAGCUGGGACGAUAAACCAAAAGUUAUCGACACCGACCAAACCGGCCACUUAUAGUAGACAUUUAGCUGAUAUUACGAUAAAUAACCUACUAGAGAAAUUUGAAAUUUGAAAUGAAAUAUGUUUGCUAAUAUGGGUAAUCGUUGAUGGGACAAUUAAUAACUACAACAUUCAAAGUAGUAGUAGUAGUAGUAGUAGUAGUAUCAGUAGUAGUAGUAGUAGUAGUAGUAGUAGUAGUAGUAGUAGUAGCAGCAGUAGUAGUAGUAGUAGUAGUAGUAGUAGUAGUAGUAGUAGUAGCAGUAGUAGCAUUAGUAGUAGUAGUAGUAGUAGUGGUAGUAGUAGCAUAAGUAGUAGUAGUAGUAGUAGUAUCAGUAGUAGUAGUAGUAGUAGUAGUAGUAGUAGUAGCAGUAGUAGUAGUAGUAGUAGUAGUAGUAGUAGUAGUAGUAGUAGUAUCAGUAGUAGUAUCAGUAGUAGUAGUAGUAGUAGUAGUAGUAGUAAUAGUAGUAUCAGUAGUAGUAGUAGUAGUAGUAGUAGUAGUAGUAGUAUCAGUAGUAGUAGUAGUAGUAGUAGUAGUAGUAGUAGUAGUAGUAGUAGUAGUAGUAGUAGUAGUAGUAGUAGUAGUAGUAGUAGCAGCAGCAGUAGUAAUAGUAGUAGUAGUAUCAGUAGUAGUAGUAGUAGUAGUAGUAGUAGUAGUAGUAGUAGUAGUAGUAGCAGCAGCAGUAGUAAUAGUAGUAGUAGUAGUAGUAUCAGUAGUAGUAGUAGUAGUAGUAGUAGUAGUAGUAGUAGUAGUAGUAGUAGUAGUAGUAGUAGUAGUAGUAGUAGUAGCAGGGUGCAGCCUCCAGCUGCAGUAGAUAAACACUGUUGUGUUUUAACACCAUUGUAAUGUCGCCAUAGAUUAAAUGCUGGGACGUAAAGUAUCUGCUUUAACCGUAACCCUAAGAGAGUGGUGUACUCUCUGCUGGUGUUGGCAGGGGAGUGAGGGCUACACAACCUUGGUAUGAAGUGACAUAAGCCCAGGAUUCUAUGGUGACAUAGUUAUGAUUGUUGUGUCAUUAUAAAGAGAGCUCUGUGUUCUGAUCAAUCUCUUUAUCGCUUGGGGCGGUGUGAUAUAUUUUUCGUAUUGUCACAUACAUUUUCCCAGAAGGCCGUAGUAAAUGUAUUUUGUGUCAUCAUUGACAUCACUGGGUUUGAUCUAAAGCCAUGGUCAUUAUCUACACAAUCUGUUAGCUGUGAGAGAGGAUGUUGGCGUGGACCCGGAGGUCUUGGUCAUUUCCUUUAAUGACUAUUCACCUAUGAAAUGAUUGGAUACAUUAUCAGUUACCACCAUAUUGCUUACCAUUACCAAGCACAUUGACAUCCUCCAUCUCUCUCUCUCAGGGUAGAAUAGGUCAUUCUAUGACAUACUGUAUAUUUAAUCCUGUCUCUCCCUCCAUCCCCCAGGGCUUCCUGAAGGACUGUCCCAGUGGCAACCUGAACGUAGAGGAGUUCAAGAAAAUCUACGCCAACUUCUUCCCUUACGGAGAUGCCUCCAAGUUCGCUGAGCACGUCUUCCGAACGUUCGACACAAACAAUGACGGCACCAUCGACUUCCGGGAGUUCAUCAUCGCGCUGAGUGUCACGUCACGGGGAAAGCUGGAGCAGAAACUUAAGUGGGCCUUCAGCAUGUAUGACCUGGAUGGGAAUGGGUACAUCAGCCGUGAUGAGAUGCUGGAGAUCGUACAGGUGAGACAUGGGAUUUGUAGUCCUGAUGGAGGUCAUACAGGUGAGAAGGUCCACUUCAGUUUCUGCUCCAGCUUGCCCAGCUCGUUUUCUGUAGUCAGUGUUUCUCAUUCAAAAGUGGAUGAAUACAUCCUCCUGGUUCCUCUCUAGGUUUCUUCCUAGGUUCCUGCCUUCCAGGGAGUUUUUCCUAGCCACUGUGCUUCUGCCUCUGCAUUGCUUGCUCUUUGGGGUUUUAGGCUGGGUAUCUGUAACGCACUUUGUGACACCUGCUGAUGUAAAAAGGGAUUUAUAAAAUACAUGUGAAUUUGAUUGAUUGAUGAACAGACACACUAGUCAUGAUGAGGUGAUGGAGAUCCUACAGGUGAAACAGAGAAAACAGGGAGAGAGUUUUGGUGUGAGCUGUAUGUAGUUCAAUGAAAGAAAGUGUUUUGUACUACGAUGGCAAAUGUGGCAGAGGCAAACUGGUCGUUGCUAGCUUAGCCUACUGUAGCAGAGGCAAAUUGGUCGUUGCUAGCUUAGCAUACUGUAGCAGAGGCAAACUGGUCGUUGCUAGCUUAGCAUACUGUAGCAGAGGCAAACUGGUCGUUGCUAGCUUAGCAUACUGUAGCAGAGGCAAACUGGUCGUUGCUAGCUUAGCAUAUUUUAGCAGAGGCAAACUGGUCGUUGCUAGUUUAGCAUACUGUAGCAGAGGCAAACUGGUCAUUGCUAGCUUAGCAUACUGUAGAAGAGGCAAACAGGUAAUUGUUAGCUUAGCAUACUGUAGCAGAGGCAAACAGGUCAUUGUUAGCUUAGCAUACUGUAGCAGAGGCAAACAGGUCAUUGUUAGCUUAGCAUAUACUGUAGCAGAGGCAAACAGGUCAUUGUUAGCUUAGCAUACUGUAGCAUACUGUUGUAUGAGACCUGUACUACUAGCUGUUACCCUGAACUACUUAUAUUAACUUUUAUGGUACAAGCUUUGUCCCUGUUCCCUAGACUUAUGACUAGGGCCCAUAGAGAAUAGGGUGCAAUUUGGGAUGAAGCCUUAAUGUUUUUGGCAGCUGACCUGUGCAGAAUACAGCCCUUACUUCCUGAUUAAAUGAUCAUGUGACUUGCCACGUCUAACUUGAUUAUCUGACCUAGCGAUGGCCAGAUCUGAUUUGCUGUAUCGUGGGCCAUAUGAGAAAUGGAACAGCUAGCGUGAUUCAGAUUCUGCAAUAUGGUCAACAGGCUAUCAAACAAGCUGUCAUUGGCCUCAUGGACAAGUAAACUGUGACUGUUCAAAAAUAGGCAUUUUUAAAACCUGACCUGGGUAAAUCUAGCUUUGUAUUUAGAUAAAAAGGGAGAUUCUGAUACACAGUCCUUGGAAGGAAUGACUAGGGUUACAAAGCUACCGGUAUUUUAUUUCAUUUUUCAUUUUUAGUCAUUUAGCAGACGCUCUUAUCCAGAGCGACUUACAGUUAGUGAGUGCAUACAUUAUUAUUUUUUCAUACUGGCCCCCUGUGGGAAUCGAACCCACAACCCUGGCGUUGCAAACGCCAUGCUCUACCAACUGAGCUACAUCCCUGCCGGCCAUUCCCUCCCCUACCCCGGACGACGCUGGGCCAAUUGUGCGCCGCCCCAUGGGUCUCCCGGUCGCGGCCGGCUAUGACAGAGCCUGGAUUCGAACCAGGAUCUCUAGUGGCACAGCUAGCACUGCGAUGCAGUGCCUUAGACCACUGUGUUUUUAUCUAAGUUACCGUAAUCUUCAGUAAUUUUGGUAAUAAACAGAAAAUCUAUGGCAAUCUAUCGUACAUUUGGGGAAUUUUAGUAGAUAGACCAUAUGGUUCAAGAGAAAAUAGCCUAAUUAAUGAAAAAAGCAUUGAAUCAAAAAUGGAAUUAUUUCCAAUGAACUCUUCCAACUAUUUACUUUUUUUACAACGCCACCAUUUUGACGCCAAAACAUUAACAAAAAAUACAUACUGACAUAGUAAAAUAAAAUACAAAUAUAAAGGAUAUUUCAUGCUGAAACCCUCAUAUUAAACACCAAUGUUAUUCACAAAGUUGAUGAUCUAUAUUUAGCAUAAUAUUUUACAACUUUGUCAUUCAAAUUUUUUGUCUCUAUUUUAUAUAAUAUUUUAAUUAUUUCAUUUAUUUUACAUGUGAUAAGGCCACACAAAGAGCCAGAGAUUAUUACAGACAUCUGUGAUAAUCUGAAUUACCCAAAAGGGCCACUAGAUGUCUUUGAACUGUACCAACAUUCUGGUAGUUUACUGGUAAACUUAGAAAGUUUCCAGUAAUAUACCCUCCCAUUGCAAGCAUGUUGACAGUGUGGCCAGUAAAGAGGUUAGAUAGGACUAGCCUUUAAUAUCUGGGGAUUAUGUUAUUCACCAGGUCUAGCCGAAGGUGCGAGGAACAAGAGGGAGAAAGACCGAGACAAAUACAGAGAGAGAGAGAGAGAGACAGACAGACAGACAGACAGAGAGAGAGAGAGAGAGAGACAGAGAAAGAGAGAGAGAGAGAGAGAGAGAGAGAGAGAGAGAGAGAGAGACAGAGAGAGAGAGAGACAGAGAGAGAGAGACUGAGAGAGAGACAGAGAGAGAGAGAGAGAGAGGGAGAGAGAGAGACAGACAGAGAGAGAGACAGAGAGAGACAGAUAUAGAUAGAGAGAGAGAGAGACAGAGAGGGUUCUGUAUUGUUCUGAGAGCAUGGAUGGCUGCAUGCACUGUGCGCUCCAGGAUUAGUGAGUUAAAUUUAACCAGGGUUUAUCCCUGAGUGUGUAGAAUACUGGGAUGAUCCUCUGGCUCACCGAUGUUAUGCUCUGGUGAAUGAGAGGAGGAGAGACUUAGGAUAGGAGAGGGAGGAGAGGAGAGGAGAGGAGAGGGAGGAGAGGAGAGGAGAGGAGAGGGAGAGAGGAGAGGAGAGGAAAGGAAAGGCCACACUAUUAUUACUGAGGGUGGAGAGAGAGAGAGAUGUGUGAGAGUUGGAUGAGGGGUGAUGAAGGGGUGGAGAGAGAGACAGAGACAGAGGGAGACAGAGGUAGACAGAGGGAGACAGAGAGAGACAGAGGGAGACAGAGGGAGACAGAGGAAGAGACAAACAGGAGACAGAGGGAGAAGAGGGAGCAGAGGGAGACAACAGGGAGACAAGGAGACAGAGAGAGACAGAGGGAGAACAGAGGGAGACAGAGAGAGACACAGGGAGACAGAGGGAGACAGAGGGAGACAGAGGGAGACAGAGGGAGACAGAGAGAGACAGAGAGAGACAGAGGGAGACAGAGGGAGACAGAGAGAGACAGAGGGAGACAGAGGGAGACAGAGAGAGACACAGUGAGACAGAGGGAGACAGAGGGCGACAGAGGGAGACACAGGGAGACAGAGAGAGACACAGGGAGACAGAAGGAGACAGAGGGAGAAGGGAGUUACCCUGUAAAUAUUAUUAGGAACUGAGUUGUGAAAAUAAUGAGCGUGUGAUUGUGCGUCAGAAAAGCUUGGCCUCUCUGUCGCUGCCACACUUCACUCUGGCAUAGACAACAGCAUAUGUCUCCCCAAUCCAUCCCACAACGUCACAUCUGGCUGUUAUCCAGCAACUGGUUAUUGCAGAAAAGAUGUAGUCAGAAGUGAGAAGAACAUCCUUCGACUGAAUGUAAUAACGUUGGACUUGAAAAUACGUGGAAAGAAAAACAAUGGCCCUUAAGGCCUUGGUAGCAUUCAUCUUUCAAGAGUCUGGUAUUUCAGUUUGCCACUUCUCAUAGCCUGCAAUGUCCUUGUGGGACAAAAUAAACUCAAUGAAACACUCAUUCUUUAAAGGUAAUAUGAUACUGCUUCAGGUGCUAAGCUGCUGGAACAACAUUAUUAUAGAUAUUAUUCAGGGGUUGCACCUCCGUCACUCAGUCGCGUCAUGCCAUUGUUAGGAACGUUCUUAAAGGGGCAAUCAGCAGUUUCUACAUAAAUGUUUUGACAUAUAUAUAAAUACGUACCCAUUGAUUCUUGAAAAAUAUAACUUAUAAAAUGCCUCAUGAGUUAGUGCAACUGCCAUUUCCCAUUACAAACCAAAAUAAAAGCUUGUUUUGCUUCAAUGUUUGUAAACAAAGUAAAUGGAAACAAACACUACAUAGCCUCAAAACAUGAUUAAAACUAUCAUAUUGAUAUCUUGGAUGGUCAGUCCUUGAAUUCAUAGCUCUGUCUACGAAUUUGAAAGUGGCUAUGUUUCUCCAGCCCCAUCUCUCAGCUAUAUACCAAAUCAGUGGCGGGUGUCCACUUUGUUUUUGCUUGAACUGCUGAUUCCAGCUUUAAAAGCCUCCGAAAGGCAUCUGUUCAUUCUGAACGGGGGAUAAUGUCUGUCAAUUUCAAAAUUACACUAUAGUGUCCUGGAAAUACGAUGACAUUGCUAAAGUAGGCAAAUCAUUUGUAGGAAACAACUUUGCCAUCACUGAAGAUCAUUAUGAUGUUGUAAAAUGUACUUUAGAGAGAUGACAAUGUUGCCAUUAGCUAGCAAAGUUCAUAAAAAUAGCUAGCAAUGCUAACGUUAGCUAGCAAAAAUUUGGAGCAGUCCUCUCAACCUUAGCUAGCUAGCUAAUGUUAUGCUGCAUCUAAAGUCAAUCUGGCGUCAUCACAAUGCUGACAAAAGGUUUUCCUGUUAAUUAUUUGUCUCCUUUUGAAAUGUCAUCAUGUUUUCCACCCACGGUAGAAGACAUCUUCAUCAGCGCGCAUUAAGAAUGCACUAAGCGUAAUGCUCAGUUGUGCAUCAGUCCUAAAACGAACAUUAAAAACAAUGUUGUGACAAAACGUGCAACCCCAUGAUUAGUUAUGCUUUUCUGUGUUAGCCCACAGUGCAGGGGAGGGCAACUAUAUAGCUGAAUCAGGCGUGUUAGUGACGGGCUGGACCAAAACCCUGCAUGCACUGUCACUCUUCCCCACCCUUGAAGCAGAGGCUAGGCCUGCAUCCCAAAUGUCACCCUAUUCCCUAUAUAAGGCCUAUAGAGCUCUGAUCAAAAGUAGUGCACUAUAUAGGGAAUAGGGUGACAUUUGGGAUGCAAACCCAUUACUACUCUCAGGGGGUCUUGUGAUAUGCAGAUAGAGGAUGGAUACGAUCGAUACAGAAAGCUAUGCUCUCUUCAGCCUACAGCAAUGACUCAAGUGGAUUUCCCCCUCUGUGUUCUCUGCUCUCACUCUCGGCUUCUCUUUAAACCAUCCAUCCUAUCUCCCUCUGCUCUCACUCUCGGCUUCUCUUUAAACCAUCCAUCCUAUCUCCCUCUGCUCUCACUCUCGGCUUCUCUUUAAACCAUCCAUCCUAUCUCUCUCUGCUCUCACUCUCUCUUCUCUUUAAACCAUCCAUCCUAUCUCUCUCUCUCUCUCUCGCUUUCUCUCUGUUUCCACUUUUCUUGAACUCGAUCUUGUUCACUCGCUCUCUCUCGCUCGCUCUCUCUCAAUUAAAUUCAAUAAAUGCUUUAUUGGCAUGAAUGGGUGGUUGCCACUGUUGCCAAAGCAAUGUAUGUGAAGCAUUACACUAAUGAACAAUAUGUUUGAGCAACAGUAAUAAUAUAUAUCAACACAAACAAUUAUACCUGGAAAAUAAUACACUAAAAUAUAACAAACAGCAACAAUUGAGAAAUUAAAUGUGUGUGACACGGUGGGAUCUACUGUCUCUACUAUAUUAUGACAGACCAGGACAUCAGAUACAGUGGGGGAAAAAAGUAUUUAGUCAGCCACCAAUUGUGCAAGUUCUCCCACUUAAAAAGAUGAGAGAGGCCUGUAAUUUUCAUCAUAGGUACACGUCAACUAUGACAGACAAAUUGAGAAUUUUUUUCUCCAGAAAAUCACAUUGUAGGAUUUUUUAUGAAUUUAUUUGCAAAUUAUGGUGGAAAAUAAGUAUUUGGUCACCUACAAACAAGCAAGAUUUCUGGCUCUCACAGACCUGUAACUUCUUCUUUAAGAGGCUCCUCUGUCCUCCACUCGUUACCUGUAUUAAUGGCACCUGUUUGAACUUGUUAUCAGUAUAAAAGACACCUGUCCACAACCUCAAACAGUCACACUCCAAACUCCACUAUGGCCAAGACCAAAGAGCUGUCAAAGGACACCAGAAACAAAAUUGUAGACCUGCACCAGGCUGGGAAGACUGAAUCUGCAAUAGGUAAGCAGCUUGGUUUGAAGAAAUCAACUGUGGGAGCAAUUAUUAGGAAAUGGAAGACAUACAAGACCACUGAUAAUCUCCCUCGAUCUGGGGCUCCACGCAAGAUCUCACCCCGUGGGGUCAAAAUGAUCACAAGAACGGUGAGCAAAAAUCCCAGAACCACACGGGGGGACCUAGUGAAUGACCUGCAUAGAGCUGGGACCAAAGUAACAAAGCCUACCAUCAGUAACACACUACGCCGCCAGGGACUCAAAUCCUGCAGUGCCAGACGUGUCCCCCUGCUUAAGCCAGUACAUGUCCAGGCCCGUCUGAAGUUUGCUAGAGUGCAUUUGGAUGAUCCAGAAGAGGAUUGGGAGAAUGCCAUAUGGUCAGAUGAAACCAAAAUAGAACUUUUUGGUAAAAACUCAACUCGUCAUGUUUGGAGGACAAAGAAUGCUGAGUUGCAUCCAAAGAACACCAUACCUACUGUGAAGCAUGGGGGUGGAAACAUCAUGCUUUGGGGCUGUUUUUCUGCAAAGGGACCAGGACGACUGAUCCGUGUAAAGGAAAGAAUGAAUGGGGCCAUGUAUCGUGAGAUUUUGAGUGAAAACCUCCUUCCAUCAGCAAGGGCAUUGAAGAUGAAACGUGGCUGGGUCUUUCAGCAUGACAAUGAACCCAAACACACCGCCCGGGCAACGAAGGGGUGGCUUCGUAAGAAGCAUUUCAAGGUCCUGGAGUGGCCUAGCCUGUCUCCAGAUCUCAACCCCAUAGAAAAUCUUUGGAGGGAGUUGAAAGUCCGUGUUGCCCAGCGACAGCCCCAAAACAUCACUGCUCUAGAGGAGAUCUGCAUGGAGGAAUGGGCCAAAAUACCAUUAACAGUGUGUGAAAACCUUGUGAAGACUUACAGAAAACGUUUGACCUGUGUCAUUGCCAACAAAGGGUAUAUAACAAAGUAUUGAGAAACUUUUGUUAUUGACCAAAUACUUAUUUUCCACCAUAAUUUGCAAAUAAAUUCAUUAGAAAUCCUACAAUGUGAUUUUCUGGAAAAAAAAUUCUCAUUUUGUCUGUCAUAGUUGACGUGUACCUAUGAUGAAAAUUACAGGCCUCUCUCAUCUUUUUAAGUGGGAGAACUUGCACAAUUGGUGGCUGACUAAAUACUUUUUUCCCCCACUGUAGAUCAACUGUCUAUAUUUUCCCCUUUAACAAAAUGCAGAUUCUCUCCUCAACAGGCAGCAAGACAUCCUACAAUUAUUUCUUUAAAUUCUCUCUCUCGCUCUUUUUCUUGCUCCCUCCCUCCCUCCCUCCUUCCCUCUCCCUCAGGCCAUUUAUAAGAUGGUGUCGUCUGUGAUGAAGAUGCCGGAGGAUGAGUCCACGCCAGAGAAGAGAACAGACAAGAUCUUCAGACAGAUGGACCUCAACAACGAUGGUGAGGGAGGAGGGAGGGAGGAGGGAAGGGAUGGAGGGAGGAGCGAAGGGGGAGGAUGGGUGGGGGUCACUGUCAGGUUAUAGUUUUGAGAGCGUCUGAGCAGUAUUUCAGUUCUCUCUCUCUCUCUCUCUCUCUCUCUCUCUCUCUCUCUCUCUCUCUCUCUCCCCCUCCCCCUCCCCCCAGGUAAACUGUCACUGGAGGAGUUCAUUAAAGGUGCCAAAAGUGAUCCCUCCAUCGUGCGGCUACUCCAGUGUGACCCCAGCUCCGCCUCCCAGUUCUAA